GCCUGCUCUCCGAAACGACGACACCUCAGGUCAGGGCUCCAAAUCUGCCCGUCGCUGAGAAUCUGUUACCGUCCGACCCGGCAGUUGCGAAACGGCCUGGACGCACCACGUUGCCGAUCUGUGAUACCGGAGGCUCCGAUCUUUACAUUUGGCUCUUGUAGUUUUACGUCGUUGUCGCUGCGAAAAAUUCGGACGCAUGUAGCACCCAGGACCAUGUCCACCGAAGCGAUUGGCGCUGCGGCGCCCGAGUCGACAAUCGUCCUGAAUGUCGAACCGCCUAGCGCCGCCACAAUUAGCUCCAAGCCCGUCGCUUUGCACUCGCCGCCCGACAGCAACAAUGCAAUGAACCUCGAUGGUAGCGACUCGGAGCUCAGCGACAUUGACGAAGUCGCCGACAAACUAAAUGGCACACACAAGUUCGACUUUGAGCCUGCGCCCGAGGCCGCAUCCGCUCCCGAGCCCGAGCCCGAGCCCGAGGCCCAGGCCGAGCCUAAGCCCACGGUCCCGGCCGAGGAAGACAUUGGCGAGAUCCUUCCCGACCACUUCUCGGGCACCGUGCCCGUCUUCAGGCCUACCAUGAAGCAAUUCGAGGACUUUAAGCGCUUCAUGGAAAAAGUAGACCACUACGGCAUGAAGUCGGGAAUAGUCAAGAUCAUCCCUCCGCAAGAAUGGAAGGACUCGCUUCCCGAGCUUCACGAUUUGGUCAAGCAAGUCCGCGUUCGGGAGCCUAUCAAACAGGACAUUAUGGGAUCAAACGGAACAUAUCGACAAGUCAACUUCCUCCACCAGCGAUCCUACAAUCUUCCUCAGUGGAGGCAACUAUGCGACCAAAGCGAACAUCAACCGCCGGCACGGCGAGGUGAGCGCCGUGCGAAUGCGGAGAAACACAAACCCGUCACCCGCUCCCGUGCGCCAGCGGCAUCGAGUACGAAACAAGGCCCCACGCCUAAGAAGCGGAAGGGCAGACAGACUCGCGGGUCGGCUAGGGCAGCAAAGGAAGAGUUGGUCGAUCCUGAGGAGCGCCCAAUGACCCCAGUCUCGCCUGCUCCCGAAAAGCAGGAGGUGGUGGAAUCCGUGGAGCAGGACCCGGGUGUGAAGGAAGAUUGCGAGGACGACGAGGACGACGAACCAGUGGUGCGCAGAAUGGGCUUUGGGCGGCAGUCGAAGCCAAAGACACAAUCCACCUCGGCCCGUCGAAAAUACAGCCGUCGCGAAGGCUCUGCGAGGAUAGACGAGUCGGCGUUCGAGAACUGGGACUACCGCAUGGACGUUUCGGAUUACACGCCGGAGCGUUGCGAGGAGCUGGAGAGGAUCUACUGGAAGACACUUACGUAUGCUUCUCCGCUAUACGGCGCUGAUCUUCCGGGGACCUUGUUCGACGAGUCGACCAAAAUAUGGAACCUGAACAAGCUGCCCAAUCUCCUUGACGUCCUCGGCACCAAAGUGCCUGGCGUCAACACCGCAUACCUGUAUCUCGGAAUGUGGAAAGCGACCUUCGCGUGGCAUCUAGAGGAUGUUGAUCUCUACAGCAUCAACUAUCUCCAUUUUGGUGCGCCAAAGCAGUGGUACAGCAUAUCGCAAGCUGAUGCCCGUCGAUUCGAAGCCGCCAUGAAGAACAUCUGGCCCACCGACGCAAAAGCCUGCGACCAAUUCCUCCGACACAAGGCGUUUUUGAUCUCUCCAGCUCACCUCAAGCAGCACUUCAACAUCACCGUCAAUAAGUGUGUUUCCUAUCCUGGCGAGUUUGUGGUAACAUACCCGUAUGGUUACCACUCCGGGUACAACCUGGGGUACAAUUGUGCCGAAGCCGUCAACUUUGCUCUGGACAGCUGGCUUUCGAUGGGCAAAAUUGCAAGGAAGUGUCAGUGUGCCCAGGCUCAGGACAGUGUAUGGGUGGAUGUCUACGAGAUCGAGCGCAAACUUCGUGGAGAGUCGACAGAGUAUGAAGAAACUGAGGAUGAGGAGGAAGAGGAGGACGAAGAUCAAGAAACAGGCCUUCCAAGCCCUCCUUCAAGUCAUGCAAUCCGAGUCAAAGGUCCUGGGCGAAAGCGCAAACGGCUGGCAGGCGAGCAGGAGCCGAAGGGCAAGACGAAGAAGAUUCGCUUACGCCUCAAAGCUCCGGUUGAAACACCUUGCUGUCUCUGCCCUAACGACAUCGCCGGGACGGAGAUCAUGCCCACAGACGACGGCCGCAAGGCUCACCGCAUGUGCGCACUCUAUCUUCCAGAAACCUACAUUGAGACGGUGGACAACAAGGAGAUAAUAGUAAACGUGGCAGGCAUUGACAAGGCCCGCCUGGAGCUGAAGUGCUUGUACUGCCGGUCCAAGAAAGGAGCCUGCUUCCAAUGCUCUCAAAAGAAGUGCCCAAGGUCCUACCACGCGACUUGUGCCGCGGCAGCUGGAGUGUUUGUGGAGGACGGCGAGGUGCCUAUCAUUGGGGAAGAUGGGACCGAAUACAAGGAGCAAGCAUUUGAGUUCAGUUGCCGGUUCCACAGGACGAAGCGAGACAGAAAGAACGAUGGCGAUUCUCUGGAGGAAAACCCGCAAAUCCGCGAGGCUGCAGUUGCACUCAAGAAGAACGACAUUUGUCAAAUGCAAUACUUCAGGGGGGAGAUAUUUGCGGGCAUGGUGGUGGAAAACCGCCAUGGCGAGGAAACGUUCCUCCUCGAUAUCGUUCCCAAUGGGGAUCGAGUCGAGGUCGAGUGGAAGUGGCUACUCUUGCCUGACCCUUCGGACUUCCGUCUGCCCAAGGCGUCCGCAAAAGCCAUCCCAAUGCCAACGUCGAGGAAGGCGAAACAGGAGAUCAACGGCAAACGACAAGUGGACGAGCUUCCCAGGAAAGACGACGAGUUCGUUACCGGGUUUACUUGGUUCGAGUUCAACACUGGUGAUCCGCCCAAAAACCUAGCCCAGGUCAAGAUUGACUUCACCAAGGAGAAUCAGGUCUGGCACUAUCUCGGGAAAACAUCAACAGAGGCGAAGGCCCAGUACACGGACAAUCCAAGCGUGCCCCAACACAAUCUCAAAAGCAAUUUCUUGGACUCGAUCCCGAAGCCACCGCCUGUUGUUGGUCCUUCACAGCCGAGGCGGUCAUACCCGGCUGCACAUCCGGUCAAGGCAUUGCUGCCGGGGACAGCACCAGGGACAGACCCUAGGACAUUGCCCGGCACGGCGGUUCAGAGGCCGAAGCCCUACGUCUAUAAGCCCAGGAAGAAAAUGGAACCAGUGUUUGUGCAGUUCCCAUCGCAGCCACCGCUACAACCCCAACUGCAGCCACAGCCACAGCGCCAGCACGUCUUCCAACCUUCGCCAGUGCCGCUGCCAGCGCACUUUCAGAAGAUAGCUCAGCAGCCGCGGCCCCAGCUACAGCCCCUAUCACAGCAACAGCAACAGCAACAGCAACAGCAACAGCCGCAGCAGCUGCCGUGGAAACGGCAGCAGCUACUUGCACCACAGCAGCAGCAGCAGCAGCAGCAUCCUCUACAAGUCAUGCAAUACCAACCUCCCGGCAAGGAUCAAUGGCAGAAGGAUUCAUCAUCAUACUAUUCAUCGCACCGUUUCGCGCCCGUCGGAGGUAGUAAUGGAUUCCCGCAGCUUCCUGGCUUGACCUGGCCCCCUGCUCACAUGAAAUCAGGGCAAAAUUCUCAAUUAAGAGUCUGGCCUUCUUCGACGGACGCGGCUGCUCCCCGGCCGUAUCCUGGGUCAAUGACACCGCCGGCGUUGCAGUCUCCGAGUUUUGCCCUUCCGCAAUCUGAUAUUGCAGGAGUGCAGCCGCAGAUUGGCACGUACCAAAAGUACAGCUUCUUUCAGGUCCACCACAACCGGGACUCGUCGAGAUACCGGACGCCGUAUGGACAUUGGGGUGGAUUCACCAAUGGUUACGAGGGUAACCUACGGGCGUUCCUGAUACGGGCCCAGCAUGCUCUCUCCGGAAAGAAAACGCCGCUCAAGGCUAUUCCGGCUUCGCUACUUCAACCUCUGCAGCCCCGGAUUGCUCCCUCCCCCAGUGGUCAACCAUCAACCCCCAGCCACGGCAAUCCCCACAACCGCGCGCUCUCUCAUCCGGGGUCUCAAAGUCCCCGGAAUUCUUUCUACCAUGAUAACUCGAGGGUUUCACCUGCAGCAGUGGCAUCACAGUCGUAUCAGAACCAAGUGCAUCAUUCUAUGCCCACCCAUACGGAAACACUUGAGGUUCGGCAGCCGGUAUCAACGCCGUUGCAUCCUGCCAUACGACCGCAGUACGGGUCGCCUUGGUCGGACAUGAGCCAGAAUGAUUUCAACACGUGGUCGUCGCCAACCCCGAAUAAACCCAGUCCGCCGCCCGCGCGGCCUUCCGCGCAAGCCAAAGCUCCAACCUACCACAAGCAAAGCCACAGUCCGAUCCCGUUGCCGUCAUAUGUGAAACAGGUUCCGGCACUUGCGGCGGCGAACAACCCAACCCCUUCUCCACUCAGCCGACCUCCACUACUAGCGGCGUCGCCUCAGACGGGAUCCUGGAAUGAGUCAGGUGCUUCUGAGAGCAAACCACAGGCGGUGCAGGCGCCAUCCAAGGCGACUGCCGCACCCACUCCGACACAUAGAAAUACACAUAUAGCAGCAUCUUCACCCGCUCCUAUCACGUUUGAGCAUACAUACCCGCCGCCACCUCAAAGCCAGCAGCAGCAGCCACAACUGCAUCAUCAGCUGCAGCCGCACCUGCAACCGUACCAGCAGCCACAACACCAGCAGCAACAGCCGCAACAACAAAGCUACUGGGCUGCAUCACACGAUUUUGUAGACCAAUCGACAUCAUUCUAUCCAGCGUCACCGACGGCAGGGAUAUUGUCUGGCACGCCGCAGUACUCGUCGCCUUAUCACCACCCGUCUUUUGAUAUGACAGCUGGCUUCGACGGAGGCGGGUAUCACGGCCAGACGUAUUUCUCUCCCAUGCCAGCCGAGACACAGGCACCUGAAGAGGUUUCGGCCGAUCCGGCGGCGCUGGUGGAGAAGAUGAUGUUAAAUCUUAGACGGGCAAGCCAAAUGGGUGCGCCGACGUAGAACUAUGCGGUAUUUUGUAAUGAUGUGGAGACUUUUACUACGACUUCGGAUGGCAGGACAUGGGGAGGAAUUUGGCGUUAUUGGCUCAAUUUACGGGUGGCCAGGACGGCCAGGAUGCCGGGGGCGGCUAUGGGGACCAUUUGGGGCCAUCAACCUCUAUAAGUUUCGCUCUCAAGCGAUGUACGAUUAGGCGCACGACUUA